AUGAAAGCCUCCUCCCUCUUCCUCUCCCUCUCCCUCCUCUCCCUCUCCUCCUCCUCCUCCUCCUCCUCAUCAUCAUCAUCACCCCUUUCCCACCCCCCUCUCGUCGUCGACACCGCCCCCUCCCACCUCCGCCCCUACAUCCUCCCCCGCUACGCCGGCCACGCCGUCAAGCUCACCACGUCCGGCCAGAUCAUCCGCUUCAGCAUCACCACAAACUCCUCCGCCGGCGCCUUCGCCAUGGUCCAGCACACGGGCAAGUUCACCGCCUGGACCUCGGCCCGCCCGCACACCCACCGGCUCGUCCACGAGCACUUUUACUGCACCAAAGGGCGGAUCGAGCUCUGGACCAAGAAGAACGCCACCGGCGCCGUCGACGAGGCGCGCGUCCUCACGCCGGGCGACUUCGGCACCGCGCCCCCGGGCACGAUCCACACCUUUCAGCACACCGACCCGGACAGCCAGCUGACGCACAUCUUCAACCCGGGCGGCUUCGAGGAGCUGUUUGAGGUCUUCAGCCUCGGGGACUGGGACUCGCCGCACGGGUCGCCGUACGAGCUCGUCGAGGCGGACCAGCAGCCGUUUGACGAGGCGACGCCCGCGCAGGUGGCGCUGCUCAACUCGCUCGACCUCUGGGUCGCGGGCGCGGACGUGUACGUGCCCCGGAGGGACUUUGUCAACGGCACCGCCGGCGAUCCGCGCCUCCACUGGCACGACGGCAACAAUUCCCUGUCCAGCGAUCCCACGGACCCGUACUACAUCGCCAAGGACUACGGCCCCAAGUACCUCAACAGCGAAAACGGGUACAAGGUCGUCCAGCCGCUCCUCACGGCCGCCCAGACGCCCUUUAAGAACCUCACCGUCGGCACCAUCACGCUCUCUCCGCGGCUCCAGGGCGAAGCCGCCAACGUCGUCACGCUGGACCACCACUUUGCGAUACAGAUGGACGAGGGACAGCUGGCGCUGACGGUUCAGGGGUACGAGAGGGAGCUUUUGCUGCAGGGGGAUGUGGCGUUUAUUCCUGCGGGCACGAGGUUCGAGUAUUACGCCACGGUGCCGUUCACCAAGUUUCUGUAUGUGAAUGCUGGCGAGAAGGGGUUGGGGGAUGAGUUGUUGGAGAGGGCGGUGCCGUGGGAUUUCCCGGCGUAUCCUGCGUGA